UGAGUAUGAGUUAGGGAUUCCCUGCAGCGCCUUUGGUCGGAACCAGCUGGAGAUCAUUCUAGGUCCCGGACCCAUUCCCAGCAUCCCCAUUAGACUCUACGAGUGUCCAGUGUGGAGCACUAAAAGGAGUAUUUUACAGAGGAGCUCUGCCUUGUCAGAAAUCCACCCUUUCCCCAGAGGGGAGCACCGACUAGGAAGGAAUGAGUGCAGGACUCCUUAUGACCAGGUCACAGGCAUCAUUGACAUUUAAGGAUGUAGCUGUGGUCUUCACCCAGGAAGAGUAGGGGCAAUUGGACUAUGGCCAGAAACACCUGUACAGGGAAGUGAUGCUGGAAAAUUAUAGGAACCUGGUCUCCUUGGGGCAUAAAGGAUCCAAACCAGUUGUGAUCUCCAUGUUGGAACAUGAAAGAGAUCCAUGGAAGGUAGAGAAAGAAAUCCCAAGGUGUACCUGCCCAGUCACACCUUCAUUAUUCAUCUUCAAUGCCUUUCCAAGAUGUGUGGUCUAAUGGACUAAUUUCAUCUGAAGACACAAAAGAAACAAUUUUAAUGAAGAAGAAAAUGAGUAGUAGCCUUAAGAAACUGAAGUAGAUACAAGGGAAUUCAUCAACCAGCUUAGAUUUUUAAAACAUAUGCAAAAGAUGGAAUCAAAAGCCAGUAAUGGAGAAUUAAUGCAAAGGCAUUUCAUGGACCUCUAAGAAAAGUAUCAGGAAUGUUAAUUAAGGAUCAGGAUGAACUAAGACUCAUAAGGAAAUGCUAAGCACAACAAAAAGGAUAUUUGUAGUAAUUGGCAAAAAGAUGAGUAUCGAAGAGGGAAUAGGACCACUGCUCAGAAUAGAUUAGAUUCUGAUAACCAAUAAAAAAAGAAAACAGAGCCACUCAAAGCAGAAAUGUAAAUAACUACAAUAAAAAUAUAAAGGGUACAAGAGAAGGGGAAGAUCAAGGCAUCAAACAAGACUGUUUUUUAAAGAAAGAGACAAAAAGGAACAUGAGUUGGACCCUGAGAGCUUUUAGAAUUUGAAUGGAGUGAGUGGACGUUCCAGGUGGACAGAAAAAUAUGAACAAAGCUCUGGAGUGAGAAAUGAAUACUGUAUGUUUGUGGGACACUUACAAGCCCACCUGGACAAGAGUGGGGCAUGCUUGUUUUGAAAUAAGGGUGAAUAAGUAAUAUGAAAAUGGAUCAUGAAACACUUUGAAUGUCAGGUUAAGGAUACUAAUCUUUAUGUUGUAGUCAAUAGGGAGAUGCAGUGUUCAAUAAGAAUAAUUUUCACUUGGAGCCACUGAGUAUAAUAGUGAAAUGGAGGUUCAGGAUCAGGGUAGGGGAGUAUAAGAACAGGAAGCCAGGAUUUUAGACCCACAAAGGUCUAAAGAUAGCCAAAGUUAUGGGAAUCAGGAAAUCAAAUUAGAAUAGAGUUAGUCUGACAUUAAAUGUCAGAUAAAAAGAGUUUCAAUAGUGAGGGCAGAUGAUUGCCCACAAUUCAGUAACAUUAGGAGAAUAAAACAUGACACCUGUGAUCAAAAUGGGGUAGUGCUACUAAUAAUAUGGAGCCAAUGGUUUUCCCUCUGACCCUUUAUAAUUUUUACAGAAUGUUAGCAACCCUGGCCCUGUAAGUGUGUGGAAGAAGUGAUUGCAUUUAGACAGAGAUAAUUAUCAUCGUGGUCACAGAAAGACCUUGAUAAUGGUUAGGGAAGGUUUGGGAGAACUGGGACUGCAGAGAUCUUCUUAUAGACAUGAGGAUUUUUUUAAAAAGUGUAGAUAGAAAUGUACAGGGUCAGUUGAAAAGGACAGGAUCGUACUACAGUAUGGGAAUGAUUAAGCCCUCUACUCUGACCUGAGUCUUCUUCCCACAAUACUGAUAUUCGCUCUUUGCCACAUCCCCAUCACUUACUUAUUCCAAUCCUUCAUCCUUUCUAAUCCUCUUUGGUGGAUGACCCCACUUCAUUCAGAUUCUUUCACUUGCUUUCUGCCUUCCUUUUCCAUUCUCAUUCAGGAUCAUUGUGCAUUAUUCUCAUCAUUAUCACUUCAUUAUUCUCAUUUUAGUAAUUUCCUUCCUCCCAACACAGGCUACAGGGCACAAUUUUAUCAUUUUUCUUUUAGAAUGGGAUAACAGACAUGAAGUCAAGGAGCCAUUUUCAAAGCAGGGCAUUUCUGAAGAGGAACCCUCCAAAGGGUCCACAGUGGAAAGAUUUACAAAGGGUGGCAUCUUGUACCCUAAGCUAGGAGAAGUCUGGAAACUCAGUGACCAAUUUGGGAUGCAGAGACAACUGCAACAAAUGACUGUUUCCCAAAAGACAAUGUUCCAUGGAAAGACAGGUCCUGAGUGUAAUGAAUGUAGUUUGAGCUCAAACCUUGUUCCAAAAUGGGAUGGUUUUACAAGAGAGAGUUGGCAUAAAUGUGAUGUAUGUGGGGAAAAUCUUAAUAUGUAAAGCCCACCUAAUUGGACACCAGAAACUGUGUAUAGGAAAAAAAUCCUAUGAUGAUAAUGAAUGUGCAAAAAUUCUUAAUAAGGGUGCAUUCUAUAGGCAGCAUCAGAGGGUCCUUGCUGGUGAGAAGUCCUUUAAAUAUAAUGAAAGUGGGGAAGCUUUUAAGCUUCAUGAAAACUUUGCUCAACAUAAGAAAAUCCAUACUGGCAAGAAACUCUCUGAAUGUAGUGAAUGUGGGAAGGCAUUCAGACUGCAUGGACACUUUAGUCAAAAUAUGAUAGGAAAUAUUGAAAGCAGGAAAUUUUUCAGUAAGGGUGAAUUUCCUUUACAACAUCAAAGAGUCCAAACUGGAGAGAAUUCUUAUAAAUGUAAUAAUUGUGGGAAAGCUUUCAGUAAGGGUGCAGUCCUUAGGCAGUAUCAAAGAAACCAUGAUGGAGAGGAACCCUAUAAGUGUAAUGACUGUGGGAAAGCCUUCAGUAAGGGUGCACUACUUAAGCAACAUCCAAAAAUCCAUAGUGGGGAGAAACCUUACAAAUGUAAUGAAUGUGGAAAAGCCUUCAGCCUGCAUGUGCACCUUACUCGACAUCAGAGAAUCCACACUGGAGAGAAACCCUACAAAUGUUAUGAAUGUGGUAAAGCUUUCUGUCAGAGUACAGACUGUACACAGCAUCAGAGAAUUCAUACAGGAGAGAAGCCCUUUAAGUGUAUUGAUUGUGGGAAAGGAUUCAGCAAGGGUGCACUGCUUAUACAGCAUCAGAGAGUCCAUACGGGAGAGAAACCUUAUAAAUGUAAUGAAUGCGGAAAAGCAUUCAGCCUGCAUCUAAACCUUACUCGACAUCAGAGAAUCCACACUGGAGAGAAACCCUACAAAUGUUAUGAAUGUGGUAAAGCUUUCUGUCAGAGUACAGACUGUACACAGCAUCAGAGAAUUCAUACAGGAGAGAAGCCCUUUAAGUGUAUUGAUUGUGGGAAAGGAUUCAGCAAGGGUGCACUGCUUAUACAGCAUCAGAGAGUCCAUACGGAGAGAAACCUUAUAAAUGUAAUGAAUGCGGAAAAGCAUUCAGCCUGCAUCUAA